AUGCUUUUGCGCACAGCGCAUUACCUUUUUAAACCUUUCAAUCCCCUCGCAUUACUACGGGCUGCUGGACCGUUUGGUCCAUCACUUAUUAGGCGUUUCAGGCCAGAUCUACGAAUCAUAUAUGGUCAACCACCAUCUAUUGGGUCGGAGAUAGUUGUACCACCUCCUGAUUAUGAUAUUCAGGAUUCUCAAUCAUUUUCGGACGAUCAUAUUAUGGGAAGUAGUCAUUUUUAUAAGGAUUUGGUUCCAUCCGAAGAUUCAAAGUUCUAUUGUCUCAGAAACCAACGCAUUCCUUUUUAUUUGCCCAAACUUUCCUUAAGCGGUGAGAUUGGCUUCAAGGGAAUGUGUGCAGUUGCCGGUUGGGCGGCCAUUCCUAUGCUUCCACGCUUUGCAAAUCUCGAUCCUAAUUUGCCGGUAACUUUUAUAUAUGGUAGCAGAUCCUGGGUUGACAGCGCCUCAGGUGAAAAGGCCAAGCUUCUUCGCCCCAACACUUAUGUCGAUGUUAAAGUAAUUUAA